AGCUGACGGAAGUAAUUAACAAGAUCAAUAAUUAUUAUAACAACAUUAAAAUCUGUUCAGGUGUACCAUUUUAGACAAUUAUUAUUAUAAAACAUUAUCAGUAUGGACCAAAGUAGUUUUUUAGUAAAUUUCCACUAUAUAUAUCAAAUGAAAGUGAAGACUGAUAAGGGAACAACAAGAGAGAGUUUGAUGAACUUGAAAAGAGAAAAAGAGUUACAAAACAGUGAAACGACCAAUUUAAAUUAAGUUUAAAGUAAUACUAAUUUUUGUUUUAGUUUUAUCAUUAGAAGUUAAAUAAACAAUUGAAAACAAAGAUUAACUGUACAGUAACUAAUUUAUAAAAAAAAGAUUAUAAAAGAAGAUAACAUAGAUGAAGGAUUGUCUAAGAUAAAAUAUGCCUAGUUACGGUAACUAGGUAUAGAUAUAGUAGAUUAUUUGAGAAGUAAUCAAGACCUGGUGGGAGAAUAGAAGUGUUUGUGGUCGUGUAGGAAUCUGGUAUUUGGAACGAUGAAUGUGACGGUGAAGUCAGGUGAGCCGACGGUGGCGGUGGUACCGGUUCCGGAGAGCGAGAUGGAUGCGCUGCUGCUAGGCCGCACCGCGGUGAGGAACUUUGAUCAGUACGUGCGACAUGAACUAGCAGCUGCCACGCCCACACAACGCAACUGGCGAGGCAUUCUCAUAGCGCUGUUGGUGAUAGCGGCUGUGCUCGGAUUGAUAGUGUUUAGCAUAGCACUCCUCACCCCCACAGGAGACGAUGGAAGGGGGCGCGGAAGACGGCCUACUCUUUCCGAUGUGCUCACGGACCAUUAUAAGCAAUUUAACGGCACUUGGUUAUCAGACACAGAAUUAGUGUUCAGAUCGCGAUGGGGCGGCCUCACACUGUUCAACGUGAAAAACUUUACCACGAGACUUCUCAUGAACAAUUCUACAUUCAGAGAAUUGAAUGCCGUAGACUUCAAAGUGUCAGCGGACCUAAAGUUUGUGCUGCUCAUAUCUGAUGUACGACCGGGAUGGAGGCAUGCCAGGCUCGCGAGAUAUCACGUCUACGAUGUUAUAACAAGGAACCGAAUUCCCGUAUCACCAAUAGAGGAUGAUCGGUCCGCACCACUGCUACAACACGCAGAAUGGGCCCCUGUUGGGUCAGGGCUGGUCUUCGUUCAUGAUAAUGACAUUUAUUACAAGCCCAAAGUGCUAAAGGCAUUAGUUUGUCGAAUCACUAGCAAUGGUGUCCCAGGUGUACUGUUCAAUGGCGUACCUGACUAUCUAUAUGAGACUGAAGUGCUCCGUCUCGAUCGAGCUCUUUGGUUCAGUCCAGAUGGUCAGACCCUGAUGUACGUCAGUUAUAAUGACACUCUGGUGCCAGAGUAUAUGUACCCAUGGUACGGCCUGGAUCAGCCCGAGCCACCGCCAUACCCCACUAUAAGGACGCUUAGGUACCCGCAGGUCACCACCAACAAUCCAGUAGCGACUAUAUACGUCGUUAGUCUGAAGACGCCCAAGUUUCUGUUUCCUCACGCCAUACAAUUUUCUCCGCAAGUCGACAAAAAUUGGUAUAUAAGAUGGAGCAGCUGGGUAUCAGAGCGGCAGAUCGGCGUAGUGCUGCUUAACCGGCCGCAGAACGUCUCCAUCAUCACGAUUUGCAGUGCCGUGCACUACAAUUGUCAGGAUAUAUAUCGUGACGAAACAGACGGGACCCGUUGGUCGGGACUGGGCGCGGAUCCAGAGGAUGAGGAGUGCGGGUGGUGCGGCGGGGGAGCUUUAGUCGGAGGUCCAGGGGGUGUGUUCACAGCCAUGCCCAUCACUGAUCAUGGGGGCGUAUGGAAACAUGCUGUGUUGUUGGGGAAGGACUCCAGAAAUACUUUGACGCAGGGCAGCUUUGAAAUUACGCAACUAGUGGGAUGGGACGAACAACGGAGAUAUUUAUACGUGAUAGGCACGGCGGUGGAGCGUGCAGGCGAGCGUCACGUGUAUCGUGUGCGCGUGCCAAGGGACGGCUGGCCCCCCGCACCCCGCUGCCUCACCUGCCCCAACACCCUUCCUGAUGAGGAUACAUCACCUACCACUGAUCACACGGAUUACGAUAACGUAACAUCAUCACUUCCUUCGUGGCCCACGUCCACCGUCUUGCCCCACGUAGCCGACGAAAAUGAUUCACUGCCAACCGAGUGUCUCUACAACAGAGUGUAUUUUAGCAGGAACUUCUCUUAUUAUGUACAGGAAUGCCUCGGCCCUGGUCCUCCAGCUAUAUUUCUGUGUUCGAUGAGCGGCACCCGUCUCACCGUGCUUCACGAUGGACAGCCAUUACGACAACAUGUCGCUGCUCUUGCUUCUCCGCACAUCAAGGUGUUUAGAGUGGAGGUGCAAGCUCACAGGGAGGCUCGAGUGCGUCUUUUCCUACCGCCGGGACUCAGAGACACCGAUGACCUACCUCUUCCUCUUGUUUUACACGUGUCUGCAUCACCGGGCGGUCAACUAGUAUCGUCUCGGUGGGGCAUGGGAUGGGCGUGGUACCUCGCCGCAACACGGAACUUCAUAGUUGCACAAAUUGACGCAAGAGGCUCUGCUGGACAGGGUGAAGAAUUACGAACAGAGAUAUAUCAAAAAUUACUUUCAGUCGACGUAGAAGAUCAAAUCGCGGUUUUGUCAUACCUUCGCGAUAACCUCAAGAUGGUGGACGGCAGCCGUGUAGGGGUGUGGGGCGCGGGGUACGGGGCAGCCGCUGCACACGCUCUUGCCGCCGGAGACGCCAGAAACCUCACUCGAUGUCUUGCUCUUAUUGCACCGCUAGCUGACCUUACGCACCACACGUCAUUCUGGACAGAGCGGUAUGGGGGUGCAGGGGCCGGCGGUGGUGGGGGGGCAGUUUGGCGUCGCGCAGGCAACUUGCCCCCUCGAAGGGUAUUACUGGCCCACGCUACGGCUGACACGCGAGCCCCGCCGCACCACGCGUUGGCCCUGGCACACGCUCUAAUUAGAGCAGGAGCGCUCUACACUCAUCAUGUUUACCCAGAUGAGGGUCACAAUUUCGAGAAAUCCCAGAUCCAUCUAUAUAGGACCCUGGAGCAGUUCUUUGACGAAUGCUUUGGUCCCGUUGAAGUCGCAGAUUGGGACACAGGGGUUGAGGGACUAUUCCCAUUCCGGGACUAAUGACUAUUAUUAUUUUAAAAUAUAUACAUGUAAUUAACAGUUCUGAUUAUGUUGAAACAUUAAACAUACUAUGGUCGUUUACAGAUACAAAAAAGGAAAUUACGUAAAUAUUUAAAUAAACGUAAUAAAAAAAAUUAUAUGAAUAUAAGUUUUAUUAAGUGUUAUUUUAAUUUAUAUGGGAUCCCUUAUCACACAUUGAAGGUAAAGCGUGUAUCAAGGAAAAAAUGUGAGUUAAAUUGUCUUCAAUAUUUUUAAUUAAAAUUAAAAUCAAUAUGACAUUUGCAUGCCUAUUUUUAUAUGGGCGAUUGUGCGGAUUUUUAUAAUAAUCGAUCGAUCUAAAUGUACCACUUGAUUUAUUAUUAUUAUUAGUUAAAUAUUCACGAAGCACCGGUUUGUCAAAGUCGGUUUUUUCGUUACACGUUUAUAUAACGUAUAUAUAUUAUGUAUAUUACACUAGUUAGAAAUGAACUUAUCAUUAUAAUAUUAGGCAAUAAUUUGAUUCCAGCAUACAUAAUCAGUUUUGAAACUUUUGUUUAUAUACCAUAUAAUGGCAAAAUAAUAAAAAUAAAAACGCCGUCCUUAUAACCCAAACCCUAAAAGGACAAAAAUAAGAACUUUACAGAGAAUUUUCAUAUGUAAAACCUUCUUUUCGUCGUCUGGUUAAAGAAAGUUGGAGAUUACCUCUUUAUCGGAAUCGUUUGUCAAAUGGAAUAUGUAAAAUUAUAAUUCCAAUUAGUUAGUAAACAAAUUGUCUUGACCCUUGCACCGUUAUUUUACACGAAUAGAUUAUUGAAAUGGUGCAUAUUUACAAUAUUAAUAGUUAUUUUAAUAGAUUGAUAGUUUUGAAAUAAAUGAGAAUUUGAGUGUUUUACCUUGAUGUAUUAUUAUUGUUAGAUAAAUGAAUUGUAACAACAAUAGUUUGUGAAAAAAACAAUUGACCAAAUUUUUUACAAUAUUUUGUUAUUUAAAUAUCUCUCUGACUUAUAUGUUUUCCUCUGACGUCUUACCAGUUUACGACAUAUUGUUAUAUCGUAUUAGAUUAUUUUUUCACAAACUAUGUUUGAGCUCGACGCUUUCUGAAAAUUUUCUUAUGAUUAUAAUAAGGUAUAAAUGUUGUAUAUUUUAGCGUAAGUGUACUUCGUACCUACUUACCUGUGUCUAUGUACCUACUUACUUCAAUGUCGCUUUGAAUGUCAUCGUAACUUAGCUUUAAUAUUUUUAGAUUAUUCCAAAAUAAAUUCUAUUUCUACUACGCGUCACAGUCACGAUGAUUAAAGAUAUUUCUUUAAAUUAAUUUAAAUGUUUAAUAAUCUUCGUGACUGAUACAAUUUUAACCAACAAUGUAUGUUUAGUGAUCAAGUACCAAACAUAGAUUGCUAGAUAAUGAACAUUUUAAUAAAAAUAUUCAAACAAAUAGAUUUUAUAAAAAUAAUAAAAAGUAUAUUAUAAAAAUCCAUGUUAUAGAUGUCGUAUUUAUGUAAUACAGAGAAAUAUCGUUGUCAUAGAUAAUAUUGUGUAUAUUUUGUGUAACAAACGUUUUCUAGUCGAUAACUAGUCAUUGUCUAUUUUAUUUUAACACUUUAUUCCUUAAGUAUCCGAAUGAUUCUUCACUGCCACUUUGUUUUAUCAAGAAAAUCAUUAUUAUACGUAGGCAUAAUAACUAAUUUCAUUUGAAUAUUCGGUUCAAUAAAGGUAAAGGAAUUUAUUUAUUGUAAGAGUUCAUGAUAUGUUUGGAAACGUCUCUUAAUUUGUUUCUUCAUAAAACUGUAGCCAUUGCAUACUCUAUUUCUCUCUCUUGUCGUUAACUACAAUUGAUUUAAAAUAGAAUUCAAUUAAAAAAAUGUUUGGAACAUUUAUUAAUAAAUUGAAAUAUAAAAUGUUUAACACAUUUCAUCUUUACGAUGACAUUACAUCUUAGUUUCCUAUGGAAUCACGUUAUAUGGCACACUUAUUACAAGGAAGGCAACGCUUUUCGAAUUUCUAAUUCUAGUUAAGUUAGACUUAACUCCUAUUGCUAUAUCUUGAUCAUCAGAACAAGCAGAUCAUAAUUUCCAUAUCAAUUGUCUUUGUCUUUAUCUUAGAAUAUUUGCUGCUUCAUGGCAAUGUUGUAGGUGUAUUUCAAUUCUGAUACACAUAAAUUUUCAUAAUAAUGUGUUUCCUCUAUCUCCUAUACGUAGGUAAUUUUUUUAUGAAUGCCAUAUACGCGACAUUGUUUGCCUAUUUUCCUUGUAUAAUGAAUGUGAUUUAAUUAAUCUAGGUUUGUAUGUGUACUAUUAUGUUUUAUGCUCAGUGGUUAUGUUGAGAAGUUACAAUAAAAUAUAAAAGUUGUUUUAA